AUGGUGAAGCUCGCAUCGGCACGAGAUUUCCGGACUUAUGGACCCGGGAUGACCAUGAACCGCUACGAGUAUAUUAAUGCGGGCCUUUAUCUGUUUGCUGCCGUAGUACUCACUUGCGGGUUUGCGGCUCAGUUCUCCUCCGAACAAUCCGGUCUCGUCCUCCUCCUCAUUGCCUUUGGCCUCAUCUUCAUUGUCAAUUUCCACGAUCUUAUCGCGCAUCUCGCCGGAAUCGAUUCCUUGCUGACCUUGAUGGAGUUCGAUCUUCAGCUUGCACUGGUCGAGUUUGGAGUUCCAAUAACUCAGGCCGUGGGUUCGCUUCUCUCCUUUCUAGGGAUUUUCUUCAUUUUCAUUCAGGAGGAGAAAGGACGUGGUUAUUUCAAAUUGGAGAGGCAUGCUCUGAACUUGCUAUUGGCCGGGCCUGUGUUAUGGGUGAUAGGAUCGAUCCACAAUUCAUGCCAAAUCUAUGAGAGAGCGGACGGGCAUGUUCAGAUCUUGCAGCAGAGUGUGCACAUCCCAUUUCUGACGGGAAGUUUGCUGUUCUUGCUUGCUGCUAUCCUCAAUUAUUAUGAGCAGUCUAGUGUGAUCCGCCAUGGCCUCCACUUGCUUGGUGGGACUUGGGUGUGGCUUGGGAUAUUCGGGAGCAUAUUGCUGUUCGUGGGAGGAUUGACAAAUGUAGUAAAAGUGUUCAAGAUGCAACAAACCGAUGGACUGAGGCUGGAAAAGCUGCGGGGUGGGGCACAGGAGCGACUAAUGAGUGAGAGGGAAGGACGUGUGCCUCUGAUUCUGGAAGAUCAGAGAAGGAGAAGGCUUCAUGUGGAAGACGCCAAAAUCGUCGAACCUGCUCCAACUCCUUACAAGGACGUUCUUAUUGGCCCAACUCACACUACUCCAUGA